GUGACAUUUGCCACUUGUCAUUUACUUGACGUUCGACGUUUUAAGUCAUUGUUAUUAAUAAUCAAAUUAAACUACUUAGUUGUAACAAAAAUAAAAUAUUAGUUCUGUUAAUUCUACAAUGAGUUGCCUUAGUGAUUUAUCGCAAUCUAGUGAAUAUUUAAGUUUUCGAAGUAGUAUUCCAUUACGAAAAAUAGCUGUUGAUACAGAUGGCUCCAAGACUUGGAAAAUAUUUGAUAGUGGUCCGAAAUCUGUUAACUGCCCCCUUGUUUGUUUGCCACCAGUCUCGGGGACUGCUGACAUUUUUUAUAAACAAAUAAUGGGGUUGACAACUAGAGGUAUUCGCGUAAUAGCAGCUGAGCCUCCACCUUAUUGGAACUUGAAAGAAUGGUGUGAUGGCUUCAAACGACUCUUAGACUACAUGGAAUUAGAUAGAGUACACAUUUUUGGAGCAUCUCUGGGUGGUUUCAUAGGACAAAAGUUUACAGAAUUAACAAAAAAUUGUCCCCGUGUUGCAUCUAUAAUAUUAUGCAACUCAUUUACUGAUACAUCUAUUUUUGAAUAUGACGAUUCAGCAGUUCUAUUUUGGCUUCUACCAUCCUUAGUCUUGAAGAGAAUGUUAAUGGGAAACUUUACAACUGACAAAGUGGAUAAAAGAAUUGCAGAAUCCAUUGAUUUUAUGGUUGAAAGACUAGAAUCACUUACGCAAACAGAGCUAGCAUCAAGAUUAACACUUAAUUGCAUGCCAUGUUAUGUACAACCUCAGUUGCUUAGAGAUUUGCCUAUAACAAUAAUGGAUGUUUGGGAUGAAAGUGCCCUAAGUUCAAGAGUUCGUGAGGAUCUGUACAAAUCAUACCCCCAUGCUAAACUUGCUCAUUUAAAAAGUGGAGGCAAUUUUCCUUAUUUGAGUCGAAGUGAUGAAGUCAAUUUGCAUUUAUUAAUACAUCUGAGACAAUUUGAUGGCACUGAGUGCAUGGCGUCAUAUAUUAGUCUACAUAAAGUAUCAGCUCCGCAAAGUCAACCUGAGGAAGGAACUGUAAGCUACUUUAAUCAAAAAGAUAAAUUUGUUAAGAUAACAUAAUUGAAAUAACUUAAGUCAUUCCAUUUUUAUACAUUCCUCAAGAAAUCAUUUUAUUUUGCAUUUAAAGUCACAUGAAUUAUAUUAUAUAAAAUAUAUAAUGAUAUUGUUAUGGUUUCAUAAACCAUUUUUAUAUAAACUUAGAUUUAAGGAAUUUAAAAAAAAAUUAUUCAUAAGCAAUUGUAAAAAUUGUAUAGACGACAUACAUAGUUGUAUGUAAAUUAAAAUAGGGACGCAAAUUAUAAUAUGGUGCUGAUUCAAGUGCAAUCACGAUUGCCUAGAUAUCUAGACAGAUCUUUAUUCAUAUAAUAGAUCUAAUUAUAUUUUUAAUAUCAGAAAAAAAACCCUAAUAUAAAUAAAUUUCUGACAAUUCUAAAAUACUUGCUAUCCCUUCUAACUCCAAAUGAGAAAAAGACACAUGUUCUGUUAAAAAUUUUUAGGAAUUACGUACUAGAUCAUAGUCAGCACCGACAUGUUAUGCAUUUUUUGUAUUGAUAUGUUUUGGGAAAUAAACAUAAUAAAUCAUUCAAUGCUUAGUUUUAUUUAGUAACAGGCAUAUUUAUUCUUAACAAUUCUAUUUUUUUUUGUCAACUAUAUUAAAUUGUUCCUUUUCUUUUUGUGCUUGCAAUGCUUUCUCCCUUUCUUCGUCAUCAGAGUAAUAUUCUGCUAAAUUGUCAUCUUCAUUUGGCACUGGCUGUCCGGAUAAAGUUGUUCCUUUUUCAUUUAAUGCACUUAAUUUGAAUAAAGGAUCAUCAUACAUUA